AUGGACCUCAGACAAGUGUACAUGAUCCCAGGAGAUUACAGCAAACGCGUGUACCAGGGUGUGAGAGUGAAACACACGGUCAAGGAUCUCCUGGCAGAAAAGCGCUCCAAGCAGACAAGCAACUCCAGACUCAAUGGCAGCAUCAGUUCCUCCCAAUCUCCAUUCGUCCAGAUGCCAGGAUCACCAGUCAUGUCAGGUUACUAUGGUGUCAGGAGAUCUUUCCUGUCUGACUCGGACUUCCAUGGCAGCAAACCAUUCUCAAAUGAUGUCUACACCUCCAGCAUGUCCAAGCCCUUUUCCUGUGAGUCCUCAGCAGGGCAGAGCCAUACAGCACUGUUGGAGUCCUACUUGACCGAGCCCUAUGGAGACUACCGCCCACCAGCACUGACCCCCACGUCAAGCUCCCUGUUCAGCACCUCAACUCUGCCACCUCUCCUGCCACCUCCCUUCCCCAGCGACCCCACUCAUUUUGUGUUUAGAGACUCGUGGGAGCAGACGGUGCCUGAUGGUCUCAGCCAGCCAGACCCCAUGCCAGCUGACGCCCUGCAGACCUUGCCACCCAGCACCAGUUGCUUCUCCCAGCUCGAGUCAGGAAGUGGCUCACAGCACAGGAGCAUGGGCUGGGGGACCUCCCUUGCUGGAGCUCAGUCCUAUUCGCUGCAUGCCCUGGAGGAUCUGCACCAUGCACCAGGGUACCCAACCCCACCUUCGUACCCCUUCGCUCCUUUCAUGACAGUGUCAACCGACCUACCAUCCAAGGUGGUUCCCCUCUCCCCAGAGGAAGGGACAGAUGCCUCCUCCCUUCAUGAUCCUUCACCUUGGACAAAAGAAGAUGGGAACAUGGCCUGGGGGUCAUAUGAAUGCCGCAGAGCUUACUGA